AUGAAACAAAUGAUGCUCCGUCACCUCAAAAACCAGAAGGCCGACACAACAGUCAACAAAAUGGCCAUGAAGAGAGGCUUGAACAUAUUAGAUGGAAUUGAGACGACAAUAGAGAAGAAGCGCCUUCGUCCUGUGAUGGACAAGGGAGUCUUUGCGAGCGACGGCUCGCUCAUCCCCUACGGCCUCCUGAAUCCUUCCACCACCAUCGAAGAUGAUUAUAUGUAUUAA